AUGUCCAGGUUGCUCCAGGGUGCCAAGAGCAGCACCAAGCGGGCAGGUGGUGGGAGCGCGGAGCCACCUUGGAAGAAAGCGAGCAAGGCGACCAAGCAGGCGCCGCCGCAGGAGCCGUCUAAAGAUAUCACCGACCGCCAAGUAUACGUCUUCUGGCCCAAGGCGGAGACCCUGAAGAAUGGAGUCAAGGCCCCCAUGGGCAACGAGUGCGGUUUUUGCAGCUACGUGAGAGGCAAGUACUAUGAGAAGGGGACAAGUCAGAAAACAAUUAUCGAGAUGAUCAAGACUGAUACUGAGAAAGCCAGUCGGCACGCCCGAUUGCGGGCAGACAGGGCCACUGGCAAAAACCAAUUUCAAGCAACUGAGGCUGUGAACGUCAAAUCCAAGACAUCGGUCGUUGAGACCAGGUUCGACGACGCCUUCGAGGAAGGGCACUUUGUCGAGUUGCAUCGCUUCGCCGCCGAUCGGUCCCUCGCGUUCCCGACGCAAGAUCAGUUGGUCUCCUACAUCAAGGGGUCCCUGGGGUACGACGUCAGCUGGGGGAAGACGGGCGAGUACGGCGUCUUCGUUACCACGUUGCCGCCAGGUGCCAGCUACAAAUUUAAGAGGGGCGUGAGAGACGCAUCGACCGCGCAGCAGGACGAGGGUCACGAGUCGCACGAUGUUGCAAGGCUGGCACACGCGGAGGACGUGGAGAACCUUUUUGGUGCAGACCCCACGCCUGUCGGCGCGGCAUGGCCAGGGCCAAGCUUGUCUUCGGGGGCGCGCCAUAGUCGUGCUUCUGAUGCUGACGACGCCGACGAUCCCCGAGAUUGCGAAGUCCAGAGCAGCGUAGUUUCGAUUGCGUCUGGGCGGUCUGGGCGGAGUGGCUGCUCGACACCGUUUGGUACCCCAACACCUCCAGGGCUAGAGCAGAGACCGAAGAGGGUAGCUAAGGCGCUGGACGAGUCCGCAACGAAGGGCAAACGCAUCAAGGGAGGCAACCAGGCGCUCGUUGACAGCGGGAAGGCCCUCUUGGAGGAGGUCAGCAGUUCUUGGGGUGCCGGGGCGCUCUGGAACAGGAAGUACAGGCAGAGGGACUUCGAGAACCUCCUCACGAGACUUUCAGCCAAAGCUUCGAAAGUUGCAUCGGUGAUGGGGGGGCCCGAAGCUGCGAAGAUCUCGGAGCAGCUGUGCAGCAGCAGUGUGAACCUCGAGGAGAUGCGCAAAGUCAUGAAGCCAUUGAGGACGGAUCCUGCGGCCAAGGUCAACGACGUCUGCCACGUGGUCCGCAACAUCUUCAAGCAGGUGUCCGACGUCGUCAAAAUGAACAUACUGUCGACCGCGGCGUUCGCCCUCUCUGCUGAUUCAUCUCCUUUGCGCCAAGCGAUGGGGUUGCAGAUCGCGAAGCACGACGCGCGGGAGGGGCAGUUGUCGGUGGCGCUACUUGGAGACCCGAAAAGCGAGUUCACAGUCACAUCUCAGCAGAGCCUCGUUCAAGCUUUCAUCGAUAGGGGAAGCCGUAGGCCUUCCCAGUGCGACUUCAUCACCUUGGUGAGUGAGAGCGGCCCCCUCAUCGGACAAUGCGACAUCGCCCAGAUAGACGUCAGCGGGGGCAUCAUCGACGAGAGCACUGGAUGGGCCCCCUCUUGUUUGGCCGACUUACAUGCCCUUCGUUUCUUCGGGUGCGUCGCCAAGGUGGACAUCAAGGAACGGCUCCCGAGGCCAUUGAGGGUCGUGGGAGUCCAGCUGGACAACCACAACGAUCAGCUGAGCUCCAGGGUCCGCUGCCACAUGCGCAUCAAUUCUGGGACGGCCAACUGGGCCAAGGCAGGAUGGGAUCGAGUUGCUGUUGGAGUUGGCGAGGGCUCGGAGGCGCGCAGCCUGCCCAAGAGCAUCCACGACCAAAUAUCUGGACUGGUUGCUGGCUUGGCGGCGCACGUGGGCCAGUUGGACAAGUGCGACACCAUCUCCGAGAAUGACAAGUACAACGAAAACCGGUUCACUUACUUUGGAAGCGUUUCGGCCACGGAUGGUCAGGACCAGGUCAUCGAGACUGACAUGUUCAGCGCGGCUGGCCAGAUGAUUGUCCACUACGCUUGUUUCGAGAACGACGCGCGUGCGAUCUACCAGGGGGAGUGCCAGGAGGACGACGCUGACCCGAUCGCGGUCUUGGCGUUCGUGGCGAAGGCCAUCUUGAGUUUCGGGAUCGGUCUUCCCGAGCGCUCGACGAUCAAAGAGACACUGAUGAAGUGCAACCUCUUCGCGACGGUCAACGACGUCAAGAACCGCAGCCAGGGCAAGUUGGCGGAGAUCGCCAUCGGGAUGUGGAGCACUGUCUACGAGGACGAGAGUGCCGUCAAGAUCGCGCCCGAUCUUCCGAAUGAGAGCUCGGCGAAGCCGUUCGAGCUAUUCAACCAGAAGGUGUCCACGUAUGCCGUGAGCGACCCCAUCCUCAAGGUGAGGCGUUUGGGCGCCUCGUCCGCGUGCGAGUUGUUCGGGCCCUCCGUAGACGGCGGCCCCCUGCCCCCCGAAGCUUUGGACCUUGCCAACGCCGCGAAGACCUACCGCUACAUCAAGGGCGUGGUCGACACUCUCGUCGGAGGCGGAGUCGUGGGCACCGUGGAAGCGACAUCGGCAUUGUGUGCCUAUGAGAACUUGACGGAGCCAGUGUCUCAGAAACCAGAGCUGGCUGAAUGGCGUGAGAAACUCGAGGCGGAAUGGGGAUCGUCUUUCGCAUCGACGCUCGCGACGAUCGACGUCGCUGCGGUGGCGAAGUUCUCGGAGAAGUACGGCGAGAAGGGCGAGCAUGUCUUGGGCAUCAUCAAAGACUGGAGCUUCGAUGCGGACGGCAAGCAUUGGUUGAGCUCAACGGUGAAAGACCCCACGAGGGAUCAGGACAUGCAGGUCGCCCAGAGCUUCAUCGUAUCAUUCCUUUCGGCGGAGCGCGCGAUGAACGAGCUGAAGGCAUCCCGUGGGGAACUCCCUAGGCUUUCUGGAGUGCAGCGGUCUCAAUUGGAGCAGGGGUUCGAGGGCGCCAAGACGGCGAAGGAGCUCCAUUCCUCUGCGUCUGUGCUCCUGGCCAGCACCACGUUGGCAAAUGCGGCGCUCACGCAGGAGAACAUAGAGGUCAGCAAGCGGUACGUGAACGACAAGCUGGGGGUCAAUCAGGAGUUGCUCGAUCCGAUGCUCAUCAAGAUGCUGACGAAGUUCUGCGGCUUCGCGCCGGUGACGAUGCUGUUGCUGCUGGUCUUCCCUGGGUGGCCUGCGGAGAUGGAGUGGGAAAGGUGGCCAGCCUACCUGUCCUCGCUGGAGCCUGCGGACCCGGUCGGCCUGAGGCGUCGAAGGGACCUCGCGAGGAGCCUGGCCCACAGUGCCCUGCACGCCCACCUGGAAGAGGGUCUGGCGAAUCGUCAGUUUGACGUGCGGGUCCCCGAUGCCGAGGACGAGCUUGACGUUGUCGUCGACGAAGCAUUUUUCGAGCCGGACCACCCGCCAGACCACGAGGAAGAAUUGGUGGACUUCCCGCACGUCUUCGAUGCUCUCCAGCUUCGUGAUCACGUUUCCCAGCUCGGUCCUGUUGAGGUGCGUGCCUACCGUCACCGACGGAGGGCCCAGGCCUUGGCCCUUGCCGUCCUUGGCCACCGUCUGGACGUAGGCCCCAGGGUGGACAACCUCGCGUUCGAGGAGCAUUGCGACGCGGCCGUGUUCAGCCUAGAGGAUGCCAUGGACGCGUGCGACGCCGACGCCGACUGCGGAGUGCUGCACGCGUACGAUUGCAAGAGUUCCUUCUGGCGCGCGUGCAGCACCACAUUGCAGGAGCUUCAGGUGCUAUCUGCCUCUGGGGGAUCCGACGCCUGCACCAUGGUCCCCAGCUCUUCUGUGAUAUACGUCGACGGCCCGAAUGUAGCCGAUGGCGCCCACCAGGGGCUGUGCAGCGGCGAAGCGUCGAGCCUAGAGGAAGCGAUGGCACUGUGCGACGGGUCUCUGUGGUGCAAAGGCCUGCACUCGACUGGGUGCGCGGACGACUUGUGGCGGUCGUGCGCCGUGCAGCCGUCAGUGUUGCAGCAGGCAGGCGUGGGCACGAGCGCUUGCACCAAGGUGCGAGGGCUUGCUUCCGUACUGGCCACGAGCACGACCACCACCAGUGCCACGGCGACGUCGACGCUCACGCGCACGGGCAUCAACUUUGUGGACGGGCCGGCCGCGAGCAACGACGCCUUCCACGACCACUGCAGCGAUAGUUUUGGUACGCUGGAGGAGGCGGAGGCGCGCUGCGGCGAGGACUCGCGCUGCGCGGUGCUGCACUCCUACGACUGCCAACCAUGGUUUUGGCGUCACUGUACGGGGGCAGUGGAGGAUAUCUUGGCGCCGGGGCCCGACGUGAGCGCCUGCACGAGGGUUGCAGUGUACCUGGUCACCAGUACCGGCACGUCGACCGAUACUUCGACGGCCACAGCUACGAGCAUCACGACGAGCACUACAACAUGGACGACGUUAUCAAGCACGACCAGCACGCGCACGUCCACUGCGUCGGCCACCAGCCUGACGGGCACAACCACAACCAGCAGCACGCAACACACUAUCAGUAGCACGACCAGCAGUUCUGCGACCACAGAAAGUACGACGAGCAGCACCACCGGGUCAAGCACGAGUGGGACCAGCAGCAUUUCUGUGUCCACAUCGAGCGGCACGAGCAGCACAAGCGUGACCACCGUCACAGCACUUCGGUCUCCACAUCGAGUGUGA